AUGCCGGACGUUAGUAAUUCCAAUCUGGUACCAGUUACAUUUAAAUGGUCGCAUUGGGGCUCAAAUGUCCAGGUGGCCGGAAGUUUUGACUCCCCUUAUACACCAUGGAAGCCAAUUCAGAUGACUAAAGCAGAUGGCUCAUCUGAUUUUAUUAUCACCCUUGAUUUAAAGCCAAACAUAACUUAUUGUUAUAAAUUUGUUGUUGAUGGGCAAUGGGUUUUGGAUAAUGACGUACAAAGUCAUCCUGAUUCUAGUGGGAAUUACAAUCAUACGAUUUCCGUGGAACCACCACUUCUAGCUUCAGAGAAGUGUGAUGAAUUGAAAAACGGCAAUGACUAUGAUAAUGAAAAAGUUGAUAAUUAUGAUGAUGAAUUGAAAAACAGUACUGACAAUAAUAAUGAAAAAAUUGAGAAGUGUGAUGAUGAAUUGAAAAACUGCAAUGAAAAUGAUAAUGAAAAGGUUGAAAAAUAUGAUGAAGAAUUGAAAAACAGCACUGAAAAUGAUAAUGAAAAAAUUGAGAAAUAUGAUGAUGAAUUGAAAAACAGCACUGACAAUGAUAAUGAAAAAGUUGAGAAAUGCGAUGAUGAAUUGAAAAACGGCAAUGAAAAUGAUAAUGAAAAAGUUGAAAAUGAUAAUGAAAAAAUUGAGAAAUAUGAUGAUGAAUUGAAAAACAGCAUUGACAAUGAUAAUGAAAAAGUUGAGAAAUGUAAUAAUGAAUUGAAAAACGGCAAUGAAUAUGAUAAUGAAAAAGUCGAGAAAUACGAUGAAGAAAUUGAGAAAUAUGACGAUGAAUUGAAAAACGGCACUGACAGUGAUAAUGAAAAAGUUGAAAAAUAUGAUGAAUUGAAAAACAGCACUGACAAUGAUAAUGAAAAAGUCAAAUAUGAUGAAUUGAAAAACGACAAUGAAAUUGAUAACGAAACAGUCGAGAAGUAUGAUGAUGAAUUGAAAAAUGGCACUGACAAUGAUAAUGAAAAAGCCGGGAAAUAUGAUGAUGAAUUGAAAAACGGCACUGACAAUGAUAAUGAAAAAGUUGAGAAAUGUGAUGAUGAAAUGAAAAACAGCACUGACAAUGAUAAUGAAAAAGUUGAGAAAUGUGAUGAUGAAUUGAAAAACGACAAUGAAAAUGAAAAUGAUAAUGAAAAAGUUGAGAAGUAUGAUGAAUUAAAAAACAGCGCUGAAAAUGAUAACGAAAAAGCCGAGAAGUAUGAUGAUGAAUUGAAAAAUAGCGCUGACAAUGAUGAAAAAGUUGAGAAAUGUGAUGAUGAAUUGAAGAACGGCAAUGAAAAUGAAGAUGAAAAAGUUGAGAAGUAUGAUUAUGAAUUUAAAAACAGCAAUGAAAAUGAAGAUGAAAAAGUUGAGAAGUAUGAUUAUGAAUUUAAUGAAAAUGAUAACGAAAAAGUCGAGAAGUACGAUGAAUUGAAAAACGGCACUGAUAAUGAUAAUGAAAAAGUUGAGAAAUGUGAUGAUGAAUUGAAAAACGACAAUGAAAAUGAUAAUGAAAAAGUCGAGAAGCAUGAUGAUGAAUUAAAAAACAGCACUGGCAAUGAUAAUGAAAAAAUCGAGAAGUUUGAUGAUGAAUUGAAUGAUAAUGAAAUAGCUAAUGAAAAAAUUAUAGAACAGGAAGAAACUAUUCACGGAACCAAAGAAGAGGAACAAGAUCAGUCGAUCGUACAAUCCCAAAUAAUUAUCGAACAAAAAAUUGUAGACGAAGUUCAAACCAAUGAAGAAUUAAAUGAACCACUUGAUGUUGCCGCUGAAACUAUAACAGACAAUGUCACAAUCACCUCACACAACGAAGAGAUACCUACAAAUCAUGAUAUAUUUGAAAAUGAGUCUACUGAUACUGAGUCCUUCCAACACGAACAAAAGUUAAUCGAAGAACAGGCUAAUGUUCCACAUACUGAAUCCUCCCAACACGAACAAGAAUUGACAGAGGAGCAGGUUAAGACUACUGAUACUGAUACAUCCGCCACUGAUGUUCCUUAUACUGAGUCCUUCCAACAUGAGCAAAAGUUAAUCGAAGAACAAGUAAAUGUUCCAUAUGCAGAGUCCUCCCAACACGAUCAAGAAUUGACAGAGGAGCAGGUUCAUCAUUCUGAGUCCUUCCAACAGGAACAAAAGUUAAUCGAAGAACAAGUCAAUUCUCUACAU